AUUCAUUUGAGUUUCUGUUUUAAUCUAUCCGGAGGAGCUUCUAUUUCGGUAUGUGGAAGGAUCCUGGUACUCCUGCUGAUUCCUUCUAUGCAGUUCGCCCUGAAUGCAGCGAUGUUCCUAAAACUCGCUUCAAGAUCAAGGCUGGGAAAACUUUAAGUGCAAGGAAAUGGCAUGCUGCAUUUACUCCAGAAGGUCAUCUAGAUAUCUCGAAGUCACUUGAAAGAAUCCAACGUGGGGGUAUCCAUCCUUCAAUUAGAGGAGAAGUGUGGGAAUUUCUACUCGGUUGUUAUGAUACUAAGAGCACCUUUGAUGAAAGAGACGCAAUACGGCAACGCCGAAGGCAGCAAUAUUCUGUGUGGAAGGAAGAAUGCCGGCAGAUGGAUUCUGUUGUUGGUAGUGGCAGGAUUAUCACGGCGCCUUUAAUCACUGAGGAUGGUGAGCCUAUUCAGGAUCCUUUAAAUAUUUUGGAAGCAGGUCCAAAUAAAGGAUUGGCUUCAGCUCCUCAAAGAGAUAGUGAUGAUUCGAACUCUGAGCUUUCAAGUGAAAAUGAAUCCAAUAAUAGUGCAGCCGAUGGCGCGAGUUCAAGCACGUAUAAUGUACCAAAAGAGGUAAAGGGGGCAAAUAGUCAUGUUCCAAACAAGGCAACAAGUCGUGUUCUGGACAAGAAAGUAAUCCAGUGGAAACUUACCCUACAUCAAAUAGGUCUUGACGUGGUUCGGACAGACAGGACGUUAGUAUUUUACGAGAAGCAAGAAAAUUUAUCAAAGCUUUGGGAUAUUCUAGCAGUUUAUGCCUGGAUAGAUAAAGAUGUUGGCUAUUGUCAAGGAAUGAGUGAUCUUUGCUCCCCAAUGAUAAUACUUCUUGAAGAUGAAGCAGAUGCAUUUUGGUGCUUUGAACGCUUGAUGCGCAGAUUGCGAGGAAAUUUCAGAUGCACAGAGAGCUCAGUUGGUGUGGAGACACAACUUAGUAAUCUAGCAGCAAUUACUCAAGUUCUUGACCCAAAGCUUCAUCAACACUUAGAAACUUUGGGUGGAGGUGACUAUCUAUUUGCAUUCCGUAUGCUUAUGGUCUUGUUUCGUCGAGAAUUCUCAUUUGGUGACUCAUUGUUCCUUUGGGAGAUGAUGUGGGCCUUGGAAUAUGAUCCUGAACUCUUCUAUAUGUAUGAAGAGUCUGAUACAUCUAGCCAAAAAGGUGAAGGGUCUAAAGGAAAAGCAAAAGCAAUACGGCAAUGUGGGAAGUUUGAGAGGGAGAAUCUGAGAAGUGGAUCAGAAGCUCCUCUUCCUAUUUCAGUUUUUCUUGUUGCCAGUGUCUUGAAAACAAAGAGUUCAAAGCUAAUGCAAGAAGCACGGGGCCUGGAUGAUGUUGUUAAGAUAUUGAACGACAUAACUGGAAAUCUAGAUGCCAAAAAAGCUUGCAGUGGCGCAAUGAAGCUUCACAAAAAAGUAUUUAAAAAAGGCUAAGAAGACGUAGUAGUUGAGUUGAAGCAAUUUCAGAAGGUCUCAAUUUUUUAUCCCACCUUUUCAAUGAAAUAAAGGGUGGAGUUUUUAUACUGAACUGUGUGAGUAGGCAGAAGAAUAUUACUUCUACCUAUUCUCAUCUGAGCGAGUUCAUAGUUCGGUAAUAUCUGGCAAGAAAAAUCUGGCUAAACCCUACUAAAAAGAAUUCCAGCGCUAGCAUUGUUGUAUGUGAAAUUUUACUAUAAGGUGUACUACGAUCAUUCUAUAUUUAUAUUACAAUUUGUUGUUUGUAAUAUGAUGGAAAUACAAAGAAAAAGUUUGCCUCUUCAGGCUUAUUCCAUAUCA